UCCGCUUCCGCCGAGGUGGUAUGUGAGGCACUGACGGGAGGAUGGACGGGCUGGUGGCUCAGUGCUCCGCGCGGCUGCUGCAGCAGGAAAAAGAGAUCAAGUCUCUGACUGCUGAAAUUGAUCGUUUGAAAAACUGUGGCUGCUCAGAAGCUUCUCCAAAUUUGGAACAGUUGAGAGAAGAAAAUUUAAAAUUAAAGUAUCGACUAAAUAUCCUUCAGAAGAGUCUUCAGGCAGAAAGGAACAGACCAACUAAAAACAUGAUUAACAUCAACAGCCGCCUACAGGAGGUUUUUGGUUGUGCCAUUAAGUCUGCUUAUCCAGAUCUGGAAAAUCCUCCUCUGAUAGUGACACCAAGUCAACAGCCCAAGUUUGGGGAUUAUCAGUGCAAUAGUGCAAUGGGCAUCUCUCAGCUACUGAAAACCAAGGAACAAAAAGUUAAUCCAAGAGAAAUUGCCGAAAACAUUACCAAACACCUCCCAGACAGUGAAUGUAUUGAAAAAGUUGAAAUUGCUGGUCCUGGUUUUAUUAAUAUCCACUUAAAAAAGGACUUUGUAUCAAAACAGUUGACCAAUCUCUUGGUGAAUGGUGUUCAGCUCCCUUCUCUUGGAAAGAAUAAAAAGGUUGUAGUUGACUUUUCCUCUCCCAACAUAGCUAAAGAGAUGCAUGUGGGCCAUCUCAGGUCAACUAUCAUUGGAGAGAGCAUGUGCCGCCUCUUUGAAUUUGCAGGAUAUGAUGUGCUAAGAUUAAACCAUAUAGGAGACUGGGGCACUCAGUUUGGCAUGCUCAUCGCUCACCUGCAAGAUAAAUUUCCAGAUUACUUAACAGUUUCACCCCCUAUUGGAGAUCUUCAGGCCUUCUAUAAGGAAUCCAAGAAGAGGUUUGACACCGAGGAAGAAUUUAAGAAGCGAGCCUACCAGUGUGUGGUUCUGCUCCAGAGUAAAAAUCCAGAUAUCAUAAAAGCUUGGAAACUUAUCUGUGAUGUCUCCCGCCAAGAGUUUAAUAAAAUCUACGAUGCUUUGGACAUCUCUUUAGUAGAGAGGGGAGAGUCCUUCUAUCAAGAUAGGAUGGAUGAUGUUGUAAAGGAAUUUGAAGAUAAAGGAUAUGUGCAAGUGGAUGAUGGCAGAAAGAUUGUAUUUGUCCCAGGAUGUUCCGUACCAUUAACCAUAGUAAAAUCAGAUGGAGGUUAUACCUAUGAUACAUCUGACCUGGCAGCAAUUAAACAAAGACUAUUUGAGGAGAAAGCAGAUAUGAUUAUAUAUGUGGUGGACAGUGGACAAGCUGUGCAUUUUCAGACAAUAUUCGGUGCUGCUCAAAUGAUUGGUUGGUAUGACCCUAAAGUAACUCGAGUUUCUCACGCUGGAUUCGGUGUGGUGCUGGGGGAAGACAAGAAAAAGUUUAAAACACGUUCAGGUGAAACAGUGCGCCUCAUAGACCUUCUGGAAGAAGGACUAAAGCGAUCAAUGGAGAAAUUGAAAGAAAAAGAAAGAGAUAAGGUCUUAACUGCAGAAGAAUUGAAGGCUGCUCAGACAUCUGUUGCUUAUGGCUGUAUCAAAUAUGCUGAUCUUUCCCAUAACCGAUUGAAUGACUACAUCUUCUCCUUUGACAAAAUGCUGGACGACAGAGGAAACACAGCUGCUUACUUGUUGUAUGCCUUCACUAGAAUCAGGUCUAUUACACGUCUAGCCAACAUUGAUGAAGAGAUGCUUCAGAAAGCUGCUCGAGAAACCAAGAUCAUUUUGGACCAUGAGAAGGAAUGGAAGCUAGGCCGGUGCAUUUUACGUUUCCCUGAGAUUCUGCAAAAGAUUUUAGAUGACUUACUUCUCCAUACACUCUGUGAUUAUAUCUAUGAGCUGGCAACUACUUUUACAGAAUUCUAUGAUAGCUGCUAUUGUGUGGAGAAAGAUCGACAAACUGGAAAAGUGUUGAAGGUGAACAUGUGGCGAAUGCUGCUAUGUGAAGCAGUAGCUGCUGUCAUGGCCAAGGGGUUCGAUAUCCUGGGAAUAAAACCUGUCCAAAGAAUGUAAUCUUAGAUUUGAACACCGUUUUUACCAAAGUGGCCAUUAGUACUGUUUGCUUUUUUACAAUCAUGUGGAUAUAAAAACAAGUAAAGGAAGUUUCUCAACUAG